AUGGCGCACCCAGGCACCGCCCAUAAAUACACCAAAGGCCUCAUCGCGUUCGAGCACGCCUCCCCUCCCUCCUCAACCUCCCCACAACCACACAUAAUCCUCUGGAUAGGUGGCCUAACAGACGGUCUCCUCACGGUUCCCUACCCCUCGCUCAUCGCGUCCUCCCUUCCGUUGACAUGGUCCCUCGCCGAAGUCCUCCUCACAUCCUCUUACAGCGGCUGGGGCACCGGCAGCCUCGCGCGCGACGCGACUGAACUCGGGGAAUGCGUGGCACAUUUCAAGAAGCUGAGACCGGGCAAGAAGAUUGUGCUUAUGGGACAUUCGACAGGGUGUCAAGACAUCAUGGAAUAUUUGCUGGGGAAAGGAAAUGAGGCGAGGGAGAAAGUGGAUGGCAUAAUACUGCAGGGUGGUGUUAGUGAUAGGGAGGCAUGGGAAGAUUACUACAAAGAGGGAGAGAGAAGAAAGCAGCUUGACGAUGCGAUUGCGAUGGCUAGAGAAUUGGUGGACAAGGGGAAGGGAGAGGAAGUCUUGUCACCGGAGAGUAAUCCUGUGAUCAAGGACAUGGGCGGCCCUCUCAAUGCAUAUCGCGCAUACUCCCUACUUGCAAAGGGUGGUGACGAUGAUUACUUUUCGAGCGACCUUUCCGACCAACACUUCAGGAACACGUUUGGCAGGAUACCAGACACCACAACGGUAAUGUUUUUACUAGGGGCUGAGGACCCGUAUGUGCCCGCAAGUAUCGAUCGGGCGGCUCUACUUGAGCGCUGGACAAGGAUAAUACGGGAAGGAGGUGGAGUAGUAAAUAGUAUAACUGGUGGUGUGGUACCGGGUGCUCAUCAUAACCUUGAUGGGGAUCCAGAGGAGGUUGUGCAGGAUCUGGUAGGAAGGGUUGUUGGGUUUGUUUUUGCGUUGGGUCUGGAGAUGACGUGGAAUAUUUAG